GUAACCAUAUAAUAAAUUCCUUCAAAUCUUUGGUUAAAACAUGGUCAGCAGUGGUCUUGGGCUUGUCUGAACUUUUUGGGUAUUCGGAAAAGUUUGAAAAUCUUACCGGCUAAAACCACUGGCCUGAUUUUAAAAUUAUUCGAUAGCAUUGUUCUUUGUUUAUUGUUCAAUCUAGCUGUGGAUUAUGAUAAGUAAAGGGGCCUCCGUGGCCGAGUGGUUAAGGUCGCCGACUUCAAAUCACUUGCCCCUCAUCGAUGUGGGUUCGAGCCUCACUCGGGGCUUUGAAUUAUGUGAGGAAGCCAUCCAGCUGGCUUACGGAAGGUCGGUGGUUCUACCCAGGUGCCCGCUCGUGAUGAAAUAAUGCACGGAGGGGCACUUGGGGUCUUCCUCCAUCAUUAAAGCUGGAAAGCCGCCAUAUGACCUAUCAUGUGUCGGUGUGUCAUGUUAAACCCAACAAAAAAUAUGAUAAGUAACCUUGGGCUGUUAUGCAACUCUUGUUAGGUUAUACAUCUACUUGUAACUGUUAUAUUUUUUCUUUAUAGAUAUUGAAAAUGGUAAAUCAAAUUCUUUUGAUGACAAGGCAGCAAAGAAAAAGAACAAGUACAGAUCCAUACAAAUACAGAAUGCAGAUAGCUAGGAAAUCACUUUAGAUUACAGAAGAAACUUUGCACAUUAAGGCUAUUCCUUUCCAAUCCUAAUCUUUACAAAAAAAGUAGGCAUAAAGGAAAUUAGAAUACACAGCAGAGACAUUUAAAAGUAGUUAUCCAAAGUGGCAUUUAACAGAAAACAUGGGGAAUCUUUUUAUAGCUGUUAUCUGGGAAGACGCAGCGGAAUGCGUACAGUAAGAAAAUGAUCUCUAGAUAUACAUGCAUGUGAUCAAAGAGAACAUAAAAGCAUACAGAAGAGAAACACUUGAAAUGUCCUGUUUGUGAUUAUAUUUUUGAAUACAGCGAUAUGAAGAGACAUAUGAGAUUUAAUACUAGAGAAAAGAUCCUUAAAAUGUAAUGUUUAUGACUAUGUUUAUACUCAGAGCAGUAGUCUGAAAAUGCAUACUGAAAAGAAACGCUUUUACUGUGAUUUUUGCGACUAUGCUUGUAAUCACAGUGGUAAUAUAAGGAAACAUAGGAGAAUACAUACUGGAGAUAAAUAUUUUAAAUGUGGUGUUUGUGACUAUGCUUGUGUUGAAGACGGUAGUCUGAAGAAACAUGAGAAUACAUAGGAAAAUGCAUACGGAAGAGAAACGUUUUAAAUGUGAUGUGUGUGACUAUGCUUGUAAACAGAGUGGUAGUCUGAAAAUACAUAAGACAAUACAUACUGGAGAGAAGGCCUUUAAAUGUGAUGUUUGUGAUUUUGCUUGUAGUCGGAACGGUAAUCUGAAGACACACAGGAGAAUACAUACCGGAGAUAAAUGCUUUAAAUGUGGUGUUUGUGAUUAUGCUUGUAUUGAUGCCAAUAGGCUGAAGACACAUAUGAGAAUACAUACUGGAGAGAAACCAUAUAAAUGUGACAUUUGUGACAGUGCUUUUAAACAGAGCGGUCAUCUGAGUCAACACAGGAGAACACAUACUGGAGAGAAAACAUUCAAAUGUGAUAUUUGUGACUUUGCUUGUUGUAGCCGCAGUACUCUGAAGAAACAUGGGAGAAGAAUACAUUCUGGAGAGUCUGUCAUUUAGUUAGACAUAAGAGACUUAUGGAUUUGUAUGUUAUUGUCAUAUCGGGUUGACUUGUACAUACCAGAAUUCGUCCAGGGAAGAAUGCUUUCGUCCAGGGGAGAAUGCUGCUAAAUCUAAAUUUAGUAAUACAUGUGUAUGUAAUAAGUUCUGAUAUAAAAACACUGUAG